GCGGGCGCUGCUAGCGGAGGCGCCAUAUUGGAAGGGACAAAACUCCGGCGACAGCGAGUGACACAAAUAAACCCUUGGACCCCCUCGCUCCCCCAGCUCUAAGGGCCGCGAUGUUGUACCUAGAGGACUAUCUGGAAAUGAUUGAGCAGCUUCCAAUGGACCUGCGGGACCGCUUCACCGAGAUGCGCGAGAUGGACCUGCAGGUGCAGAAUGCAAUGGAUCAACUAGAACAAAGAGUCAGUGAAUUCUUCAUGAACGCAAAGAAAAAUAAACCGGAGUGGAGAGAAGAGCAAAUGGCAUCCAUUAAAAAGGAUUACUAUAAAGCUUUGGAGGAUGCAGACGAGAAGGUACAGUUGGCAAACCAGAUAUAUGACUUGGUAGAUCGACACUUGAGAAAGCUGGAUCAGGAACUGGCUAAGUUUAAAAUGGAGCUGGAAGCUGAUAAUGCUGGAAUUACAGAAAUAUUAGAGAGGCGAUCUCUGGAAUUAGAUACUCCUUCACAGCCAGUGAACAAUCACCAUGCUCACUCACAUACUCCAGUGGAAAAAAGGAAAUAUAAUCCAACUUCUCACCAUACGACAACAGAUCAUAUACCUGAAAAGAAGUUUAAAUCUGAAGCUCUUUUAUCUACCCUAACAUCAGAUGCCUCUAAGGAAAAUACACUAGGUUGUCGAAAUAAUAAUUCUACAGCCUCUUCUAACAAUGCUUACAAUGUGAAUUCCUCCCAGCCUCUGGCAUCCUAUAAUAUUGGCUCCUUGUCUUCAGGAACUGGUGCAGGGGCAAUUACCAUGGCAGCAGCUCAAGCAGUUCAAGCUACAGCUCAGAUGAAAGAGGGACGAAGAACAUCAAGUUUAAAAGCCAGUUAUGAAGCAUUUAAGAAUAAUGACUUUCAGCUGGGAAAAGAGUUUUCCAUGCCCAGGGAAGCAGCUGGCUAUUCAUCAUCUUCAGCGCUCAUGACUACACUGACACAGAACGCCAGCUCAUCAGCAGCAGAUUCACGGAGUGGGAGAAAGAGCAAAAACAACAACAAGUCUUCAAGCCAGCAGUCAUCAUCUUCCUCCUCCUCUUCUUCCUUAUCAUCAUGUUCUUCGUCAUCAACUGUUGUACAAGAAAUCUCUCAACAAACAACAGUUGUACCAGAAUCUGAUUCUAACAGUCAGGUUGAUUGGACUUAUGACCCAAAUGAACCACGAUACUGCAUUUGUAAUCAGGUAUCCUAUGGUGAGAUGGUGGGCUGCGAUAACCAGGAUUGCCCCAUAGAAUGGUUCCAUUAUGGAUGUGUUGGAUUGACAGAAGCACCAAAAGGAAAAUGGUACUGUCCACAGUGCACUGCUGCCAUGAAAAGAAGAGGCAGUCGGCACAAAUAAGGGUGGUCGUUUCAUUUGAGAAAGAAAAAAACUCCAACAUUUUAUAUAGGACUUUAAAAAAAAGAAAAAAAGAGAGAGAAGAGACAAUGCAUUUCCAGGCAACCACUUAAAGGAUUUACAUAGACAAUCCUAUAAGAUCUUGAACUUGAAUUUUAUGGGUUGUAUUUUAAUAAUGUAAGUAAAUUAUUUAUGCACUCCUGGUGUGCUCUGAAUAUUAUUCCAGUCAGCCUUGGAUUAUUUCAGUGGCCAACAUAUGCAGACGUUUGUACUCCUCAACCAUUUUCUCCAAGUAAUGGGCAUUCUAUAAUUUAGACUUCAAAGAAUUCCAACGACGAAGAUUUUAAGAAAAGUAUUUUAUAUUCAACAGGUAUGUUCUGCUGCAUGUACUGUACUCCAGAGCUGUUACGUAACACUGUAUAUACAUGGUUGCAAAACAAAAAAAAGUCAGUGCUUCUAAAAAGAAUUUAAGAUAAUGGUUUUUUAAAUGCCUUUAUAAUAAGCUUUGUUUCUUUGUGAAACUAAAUUCAGCGGGCUGAAGGAAAUGGUUCAUGUGAUAAAGUGGGCUGGUGUCCUCUAGAGUACCUGGGUACAUAAACAGAAAUUCCUGUAGGUAAAAACUAAUCUGUGCCAUUAGUCUUUAUAUGUUUCUGCAUCCAGAUAGAGUGCAGUUCACGAGG